CUGGGCCCGGCGGGCGCAGAGCGGCGAUUCCCGGCGGUACCGGAGGGGCUGGACCGGCGUGGCGGCACCGGCCUUGGCGUCCUGCCCCUGCCCGCAGCAGCCCUGCCCGGCCCUGCCAUGCUGGCCGCAGAAUGGCCCCUGUGGAGCAGGACGCGCUGGCCGUGCGGGAGCAGCUCUUCCACGAGAGGGUCCGCGAGUGCAUCGCCAGCAGCUCGGUGUCAGCAGGAAGGGACCCCACAGAGCCCCUGAACCUCGGAUCUGUGCCCUGCUCUUCGCCAGCCUCUACAUCCUCUGCCACUUCAUCAUAACCCACUUUAAGAAGCACACGGAUUUCACAGCAGUUCACGAUGACGAGGAUGCUGCUGUCAACAGGAUUGCGUUGGGGCUCUGUACCUUCACCCUGGCUGUGGCACUGGGUGCCGUCCUCCUCCUGCCCUUCUCCAUCAUCAGCAACGAGGUGCUGCUCUCCUUCCCCCAGAACUACUACAUCCAGUGGCUGAACGGGUCCCUCAUUCAUGGCCUCUGGAAUUUGGUUUUCCUCUUCUCCAAUAUGUCCCUGGUCUUCCUCAUGCCCUUUGCCUACUUCUUCACCGAGUCAGAGGGGUUUGCAGGAUCCAAGAAGGGCAUCAUGGCCAGGGUGUAUGAGACAUCUGUGGUGCUGCUGCUGCUGACACUGCUGGUGCUGGGCAUGGUCUGGGUGGCCUCUGCCAUCGUGGGCAACGACGCUGCCAGUCGCCAGUCACUCUACGAUCUCUGGGAAUAUUAUCUGCCCUACCUCUACUCCUGCAUCUCGCUUUUCGGCGUCCUGCUUCUGCUGCUGUGCACCCCCUUUGGCCUCUCCACCAUGUUCACUGUCACUGGGAAGCUGCUGGUGAAACCCCGGCUCCUGGAAGAUCUGGAUGAGCAGCUGAGCUGCACAAGGUUUGAGGAAGCCGCUGUGUCCCACAGGAUCCGCUCUGCAGGCAAAGCUUCCUGCUGGCUUAAUCUGGACAUGGAGAUGCUGCGGGAGCAAUUCUUUGCCAUCCGGAGCAAGAGGCGGAAGCUGGAGCUGCGGCAUCGAGCAUCGCCCUGGCAGAGGAACCUGGGCUACCCCCUGGCCAUGCUGGGCCUCCUGGCACUGACAGGCAUCUCUGUGCUCAUUGUCUGCUUCCAUGUCCUGGAGCUGCUGCUGGACGAUGCCGCGAUGCCACGGGGCAUCCAGGACGCAUCCCUGGGCCAGGUUUCCUUCUCCAUCUUUGGUUCCUUUGGAGCUGCACUGCAGGUUGUCCUCAUUUUCUACCUAAUGCUCUCCUCUGUCGUGGGCUUCUACAGCUCCCCCCUGUUCACUCGCCUGCUGCCGGAGCGGCAGGACACCCCCCUCACCAAGAUCAUCGGGAACUGUGUCUCCUUGCUGGUGCUCAGCUCAGCGCUGCCCGUCUUCUCCAGGACACUGGGGAUCACCCGUUUUGACCUCCUGGGGGAUUUUGGCCGCUUCAACUGGUUGGGGAACUUCUACAUUGUCUUCCUCUACAACAUGGGCUUCGCGGGGCUCACCACGCUGUGCCUGGUGAAAAGGGUCUCCUGGGCGGUGCAGGCCGAGCUCAUCCGUGCCUUUGGUCUGCACAAGCUGCCGCUGCCCGUGACGCGCUGCCAGACCCGCAGCAAGCCCUGCUAGGGCUGGGGGACAGGAAUGUGUCCCCCCACCCCCAACUCUGGUGGUCCCCAGGGUGGCUGCCAGCCACAGAGCUGGCCCUGAUAGCACCUGGUGCCUCAGGGACAUCAGAGCCCCUCAGGGAAAGCUGAGACACCUUUGGGGGUUGCCCCCCCUGCUCUGUCUCAGCUGUUGUGCUACUGAGCCUUGGCCUUGAGCCACAUCCCCAAGGGGAGUGGGGUCCCCUCGAGGCUGCGCUGGCUGCAGCCCCCCACCCCCCGUUACAUACCUCGUGCAACAACAGCCGGGCCCCCCCCGACCUCCCCUGGCUGCUCCCUGGGGUCUGGUUGAAUUUUAAAUGUUGCCCCACCUGGGGACUCUCCCGACACUGUAGAAGGGGGUCCUGUGCUCCCUGCCCAGAGUCACCCCACACUCCAUCCCUGUGUCACUCUGGGGCUGCAGGGGGGCACUGUUUGUCCCCUGCCCACCCCGAGGCCUUUGGGGUCCCUAAUAGGGCGGCCUGGGGUGCAGGGGACAAGCUCCCCCCCCCCCCCCCCCCCGGCAGCUUGAUAUGAUGAGUAUGUCGGGUCUCUGUUACAACAGAACUUGUUUGGAGAAAUAAAUAGUGACUGGUUUUUAUA